AUCGAAGUACUCCAGUUUCAGUAGUAUCGUGAAAGAAAUAACUAUUAGUUGUUAGUGAAUCUUGUCAAAUUACGUAUGAUAAAAAGAAAACGGAAAAAGAACAACGUUUGUUCUUAUAUUGCUGAAUAUUAUAUAUAAAACAUUUUUACAUAUAAAAUACUUGUCGAUUCAACUACAACAAAUAUUAAAUAAUUUGCAAAAUCUCAGUUUACCAUAUAUAAUUAGCGAUUCAACUGCAGUGAUAACGCGUCGCCCAAGAAAAACUACUCUCUCUCGGUUAUACUCUGAUAUAAUUAUAGUCUGAUUAAUUAUGGCAAGCGUUCCUGGUUUUACAUUGGAAACUGCGAAAGCUAUACUGACCGAUGUUCUAACAGCACUAAAUACACCUGAAAACUUGCAAAAGCUUACAGAAGCAAAGGAAAGUUCCGGCAAUGAGAUGUUGAAAAUGAUGCAGUUUGUAUUCCCACUAGUAACACAGAUUCAAAUGGAUAUCAUAAAAAAUUAUGGAUUUCCGGAAGGAAGAGAAGGUACUGUACAAUUUGCGCAGCUCAUUCGGGCUUUAGAAAGAGAAGAUUCUGAAAUAGCACAGCUACAUAGUCAGGUUCGUUCAUACUUUCUUCCACCAGUUACGAUAAACUCUUCGACUGAAGCAUCUCUUUAGAUUAAAACAAGGUCUCAUCUAAAAAAAUCUAUAUGUAUACCAUUUUUAUCUAAAGACUAUAUUAAGUUAAUAAGGUAAGGACAAUGUUUGUAGAAAAAGUGAAGAAAAACUUAUUC